AUGGUUAAUGAAACAAGUUUAUCUCAAGUUUCAAGUUCAACAAUGAACAUUUUAGCUCAAUUUUUUCGUUGUCACUUGGUGUAUAAGGCAAGUCUCAUGGGAGUGAGUAUAGAGAAAGCAGAAUCCAUUGUAAUGUUUUCACAACUCUCAAGAUACUCAUUUCGUGUUGGAUUGAUUUGUCAUGUAGAAAGUGCUGAAACCUAUUAA